GAUGCCAAAGUUACCUUGGCAAAAUUCUAAAAACAAAGAAGAUCUUCCACCGGAGAAGGGUCUUGCAAAAGUUAUAAGACCGGAUAUGAGUCAAAUUAAGGAGGAAACUCCAAAACUCUCUAAUAAAAUUGAAUCGUCGAAAACUUCGGCGAAAACAAGUGAAGUGCCUCCUAGUUCGAGCAUUAAGAUUAAAGAUGAACCUAAGAAAGUAGAAAAGCGUAUAGAAAAAAAGAUAGAGCCAAAACAGGAACAAACACCUGCUGAGGUUAAUAAUAAAGUGGAAAUUGUGAACCAAACAAAAGAUACGGAAUUAGAUGAAGCUGUUGAAAAUGCUGCGUUAACCUCUGUUAUAAAACUUUCGUUGAGCGAUGCUCGUAAAACUCUGGAAGAGACUGUUCUUGUACAUAAGAAAGCAGUUGCUGCAAUUAAAGACCAUAAUACUAAAUUAAGAAAGGCCAUGGAACUAGAUUCUAGCAACAUAUUGGAAAAAGACAGCGAGUGGAAAAGUGUGACUGAGGCAUACAAUAUAAAAAAAAAACGCGUUGAGGAAGCUGAGGCUCUGUUGUCAGAAACAAAGGCUGUCAUCGAAAAAAUUGAAUUACAGAUUGAUGAUGGAAAGAGUAGUAAAUUGACAAAGAAAAAUAAAGUUUUAUCGGAAGCUGUUGGCGAAGUUUCGAAGUUUAAAUACGAAUUAGGCUCCAUCAGAGAGGAAUUAAAGAAAACUGUUACUGAUGAUAAUAUCUUAAAAGAAUAUCACGACUUAGUUACUGCUAGUAAAAAACAAUUUAGAGAUGAAGUUGAAGCUGUUACACCUGGUCUUAGAAUCAGUAGGAAAUUAUGGGAAAAAAUGUCUAUGGAUGAGAUGCAUUUGCUACUUGCUCAUUCUUACAGAAGAGUAGAGCAAUUACAAGAACAAUUAGCCCAACAACAAGUUACUGAAGUAUUAAGAAUAGAAGAAGCCCUAGAUAAGCAGAAAAUAUCGAACAAUGACAUUACCAAAAAAUCUGUUGAGAGAGAAAGAGAGCUUUUGUUGAAAGAAAAAGAGAGAGAAAAAGAAAAUUGGGUAAUCGAUGCCAGAGUUCAAUUUGAAAAUGAACUACGUGAGCAGUUAAAUAGACAAGCAUCUAUCCAUGGCGAUCAUAUGGCUGAAAUUUUAAAAUUACAGGGGUUUUUUUUAGUUCAAACUCCGCUCAUUUUACGAUGUCAUUCAUGUGGUAUUGAAUUGAGAAAUCCGGCAGAAAUUAAAAGUUUUUCGGAACUAAUACAUCUAGAUGAAUGCAAAUAUUCCAAUGAUAGCAAACCGAAGCAUAUUCCAAUCCCAGAGCUAGAAGAAUGCAGUACUGAUAAUUCAAAUGAUUCAAUAGAUAUGACAUUAUACGGUAAUCGUUUGAAAACCUAUUCUAACUGGCCUAUACACGAUAUUAUAGAGCCAGUUGAACUUGCCAAAUGUGGUUUUUUCUAUCUUGGAGAAGCAGAUAAAGUACAGUGUUAUAUGUGUAAAGGAAUAAUUCAUCAAUGGAAUUUAGGUGAUACAGCAACUGAAGAGCACAAAAAGCAUUUCCCAAAUUGUCCAAAAAAAGAAUUAGAAUCAGAAUAUACCGAGGUACUGAAGGAGCGUUUGCAAAAAGCUAGAGAUGACUUUGAUCUUACAGUUGCAGCAUCGAUUGGUCGCCUUCGUGGAAUUGAAGAGGCAGUAGAGUCUCGUUCUAAUGUUGAGGAAGCUGCCAGACAAGCUCAAAAGCUGUGGAUAGCUUGUCAAAGUUUGGUAACAGCAGUUGAUCAACCUGAUGCAGAAUCAAGAUCAUUAAAACCCGAUGUGGAAGCUAUUCGAUCAGCUUCUCAAAGUCAUCCCUUCGUUCAGCGUGUUUUAGCUUCGCUAACAGGGGAACCGGUUAGAAAUGAAAAUGAAAUUAGAAGUAGAUUUAAUAAAGUUAAGAAAAUAUGUAAACGAGUUGCAAUGCUUGAUGAAACUGGUGGUACACUAUGGGAAUAUUUCGUGAGCUUCGUUCAGUCCCUGUUUGUCAUAUCAGCAUCUAAACCAAUGGAUUUGGACCAGCCCAUUGAUAUUUCCGUAAUUUCAACCUUUGUUAUAUUAGAUAACGCUAAACAUUACAUGGAAAUAGGAGACAUGGAAACAGCACUCAAGUUUAUGAAUCAGUUGAGAGGCGAAGCAAGAAAUGUUGCUUCAGAUUGGAUAAAAGAUACAAGAAAGUUGUUGGAAGCAAGACAAGCUGCCAGAGUGCUCCUCGCUUUCGCUUCAGCAGAGGGAGUCGCUGCAAAAGUUUAA